AUGCCUCGAGGGCGCACGCAGUACGGUGACUAUGGCUCCAUAGAUCGAGACCGCGAAGAAGUGAACCCGAACAGUCUAGAUUUUGUGGAGUUCAUCCAUAAGGAAAGAGUGACAUCGGAUCAAGCAGCAGUUGGAGCGAGCGUUGUGUCGAAGAAAACUGCUUUGAAUGGCGAAAAGAAGGCAAACGUGACGAACGGAAACAUGGUUAGCAAAUGA